AUGAACGACAUCUACAAGGCAGCGGUUGAGCAGCUGACAGACGAACAGAAAAAUGAGUUCAAGGCCGCAUUUGACAUUUUUGUCCAAGAUGCAGAAGAUGGCUGCAUUAGCACCAAGGAGCUGGGGAAGGUGAUGAGGAUGCUGGGCCAGAACCCCACGCCGGAGGAGCUGCAGGAGAUGAUUGAUGAGGUGGAUGAAGACGGGAGCGGCACGGUGGACUUUGACGAGUUCCUAGUCAUGAUGGUGAGAUGUAUGAAGGACGACAGCAAAGGGAAGUCCGAGGAGGAACUGGCAGAAUUGUUUCGCAUGUUUGACAAAAACGCAGAUGGCUACAUCGACUUGGACGAGUUGAAAAUGAUGCUGGAAUCAACAGGAGAAGCGAUUACUGAGGACGACAUCGAGGAACUGAUGAAAGACGGGGACAAGAACAACGACGGCAAAAUUGACUACGACGAGUUCUUGGAGUUCAUGAAAGGAGUGGAGUAAUUCAUCACAGCAGAAGAUUAUUUUUGUAUUCCUCUGUCACAUCUGGAAAACUGGAAGCUGACUUGGGAUGCAGCUUUGGAACGACUGCAAGAUUUUCUGCAUCUGACUCUUGCUUUUCUCUUUUUCCGACCACCUCCACUUGCAUCGUUGUAAAUACAAUUUGUAACUAGAUUUUGUGCCAACGUAUCCUGAAUUUGUGUAAAUUACAUAUUCCAUUUGAAAUCUUUUUUUCUUUUUUUUUUAAUGUCGUAAGUUCCGUUUACAGGUAUUUUCACCUAGCGCUUGAUGUUGUAUUGCUGUGUGCACAAAGCAGAAUGCUUCUCUGAGUCUAUACAGUGACUUUAAGAGCAUAUUUCGUGAUGCACAUGGCAAACAUUUUUGUACGAUUGAGACACCCUCAGGACUUGUUGUUUCCCUUCUCAUAGCCUUGAAAAGCACGCGUUUGACAAUGUGCUUGGAAUAUGCGGUCAAGAAAUAAAUAAGAGGCAUUUGUCAGAGCA